GGAGGCGGGAGGCGGCGUCCGUCGCUCCAGCUGCGAGUCCGCCCGCCGCCCGCCGCCGCCGCCGCCGCCGCCGCCGCCGCCGCCGCCGCCGCCGCCGCCGCCGCCGCCGGCUCGGUCCCGCGCCCGCCGCCCGCCUGCGCCCGCCAUGGCCCGCCUGACGGAGAGCGAGGCGCGCCGGCAGCAGCAGCAGCUCCUGCAGACGCGGCCCUCGCCCGUGGGCAGCAGCGGGCCCGAGCCCCCCGGGGGGCAGCCCGACGGCAUGAAGGACCUGGACGCCAUCAAGCUCUUCGUGGGCCAGAUCCCGCGCAACCUGGACGAGAAGGACCUCAAGCCGCUCUUCGAGCAGUUCGGCCGCAUCUACGAGCUCACGGUGCUCAAAGACCCCUACACGGGCAUGCACAAAGGCUGUGCCUUUCUCACCUAUUGUGCCAGGGACUCCGCCAUCAAAGCUCAGACUGCCCUGCACGAACAGAAGACCUUGCCCGGGAUGGCGCGGCCAAUCCAGGUGAAGCCGGCGGACAGCGAAAGCCGCGGAGGUAGAGACCGGAAGCUGUUCGUGGGGAUGCUGAACAAGCAGCAGUCGGAGGAGGACGUGCUGCGGCUGUUCCAGCCCUUUGGGGUCAUCGACGAAUGCACCGUGCUGCGCGGGCCUGACGGCAGCAGCAAAGGCUGUGCCUUUGUGAAGUUCUCCUCCCACACCGAGGCCCAGGCAGCCAUCCACGCCCUGCACGGCAGCCAGACCAUGCCGGGUGCCUCCUCCAGCCUGGUGGUCAAGUUCGCCGACACGGACAAGGAGCGGACCCUGCGGCGCAUGCAGCAGAUGGUGGGGCAGCUGGGCAUCCUGACGCCGUCCCUCACCCUGCCCUUCAGCCCCUACAGUGCCUACGCCCAGGCUCUCAUGCAGCAGCAGACAACGGUCCUGUCCACGUCGGGCAGCUACCUGAGCCCCGGCGUGGCCUUCUCACCCUGCCACAUCCAGCAGAUUGGCGCCGUCAGCCUUAACGGGCUGCCUGCCACGCCCAUCGCCCCUGCCUCUGGACUGCACUCACCCCCGCUGCUUGGCACCACGGCCGUGCCUGGGCUCGUGGCUCCCAUCACCAAUGGCUUCGCAGGGGUUGUGCCCUUCCCUGGGGGGCACCCUGCCCUAGAGACCGUGUAUGCCAAUGGCCUUGUGCCCUACCCAGCUCAGAGCCCGACGGUAGCCGAGACCCUCCAUCCCGCCUUCUCCGGAGUCCAGCAGUACACAGCCAUGUACCCCACCGCGGCCAUCACGCCCAUCGCGCACAGCGUCCCCCAGCCGCCGCCCCUCCUGCAGCAGCAGCAGCGAGAAGGUCCCGAAGGCUGUAACCUGUUUAUCUACCACCUCCCCCAGGAGUUUGGAGACACGGAGCUGACGCAGAUGUUCCUGCCCUUCGGCAAUAUCAUCUCCUCCAAGGUGUUUAUGGAUCGGGCCACCAACCAGAGCAAAUGUUUUGGCUUCGUGAGCUUUGACAACCCGGCCAGCGCACAGACCGCCAUCCAGGCCAUGAACGGCUUUCAGAUUGGCAUGAAGAGGCUCAAGGUGCAGCUGAAGCGGCCCAAAGACCCGGGACACCCCUACUGACCGCGCCCACAGCCGCCCGGAGGCUGCGGGCCUGGCCCAGGUACCCCCAGACACACCCCCAAGAGUGGAUUUUGCCAUCAGAGAGAACAACUUUAUCAACAACUAAACACCUUCUCUGGGGAAGGAACAGUGAGCCUAAGGGGCCAGUGGGGAAACGUAACUGACCGCAAGCCUUGACGAGCCUCAUCCGUGGAAUGGGUUCGUGGAAGUCGCCUCCCGAGACAGGGAGGAUCCGCUUGGGGAUGCGGUGUUUUCCCCACCAAGCCCAGGACCCGCCACCUGGAAAGCUCUUGACCAUUCAUUUCGGUUUUCUUUUCUCCAUCAUAAGCGCCGUGGUCAUCAAAGCGCCGCGCCUGGGGUCUGGCGCCAAGUAGGUGCUCAGUUAGGGGCUGGGCAUGCUUUUCCGACUGUCAAGUCAGCACCCCCAGAUUCGCGGGUAUCCGGUCACGGGAUCAGGCGACUAAUGCCCCCUGCACCUGAACGCUCCGGGACAGCAAGUCCUUACUGAGCACCUACUAAGCGCUAGGCGCUCUUCCCCGCGCUUGGGGCCACACCCCAGUGGUGAAUGACCUGACACGGGGCGGGGCUUGGGGGGCGGAGCUGCCCCCGUGGAGCUUCAGUGGCAGCGAGGGGGCAGGGGAGACCAGAAUAAACCCAACUCUUGGCCCCGGGUUGCGGGAGGAAAUGGGCUCAGCGGCCCCACGUCCCUUCCCAGGCGGUUUGUUGGCCUCCGGAUCUGGAAAUGGACUCUCUGUGAAAGGACAGGGGCCCUUGGGUCCCCAGAAGCCAGCCUGGCCAGGGCAGGGGGUGUAGGUGGGAGGCGAUGUCGUAGGCCCCCCAUCACCCCACCCUAACGCCCCUCCCUUCUCCGCCAGGUGAGGGGCCUUCCCACCCCAGGAGGGCUUCCCGCUUCCAACCGAUCCCGGACUUUUCCGUAAAUUACAACCGAGUUUGGACACCAGCCCUCCCUGCCCUCUCCCGUCGCCCUUGCCCACCCCCCUUAAUGUGAAACACUACAAAGGCCACAUGGAGCGGGGAGGGGCUUUGUGAUCUGCCCCAGUGCUGGGGGAGGGGGCUUCUGAGUUGGGGGCCAGGAGGUUCACUGCCCCCUCCUUGGUGGCUCCCCAAACUAAAUCACAACUUUUCCUAUAUAUAUAUAUGCAUAUAUAUAUAGAGCUAUAGACAGUAUAUAUAUUUUUUGAGUAUAGAUCAUGGGACCAAACUUUUCCGACUUCCUCCCAUCCAAGAGAUGGUGACCCUGGCCCGGUCACUCAGCAGGGACAUAAGAAGGGCUGAGGAUGACCGGGCCGCCCAGUGUCUCCCCAUCUCCCGCUGUCAUGUCAGACCAGGGCGCCGAGAAGCACUGGGAAUCAGCUGCCAACGCGAUACACCUCCAGGACUUUGGGCCCCUGCUGCCGACGGCUCUCGCAGGCCUUUGGGCUCAGCCAGCUCGAGGGUCCCUGGUCUUAGCUGCAGCUUCCGGACCCCCUAACCCCUCCCUCACCCCAGGGCCCUGCCUUCCCCGACGUAGGCACAAAAGAGACCCCCCCCACCUUCUCCACCCCCCCCACCCCCGUCAUAGCCUUACUCAUGUGACCAAUAGCCCUUAGCUUUCCGUCAGGGGCAGACAGGGGCCGGGGCGCCCCCCCGCCCCUCCUGCCCCCUCCCAAGGGCAGGCAGCCACCCUCCCUGCCUUCGGAUCACCAGCCUGGAGUUCACGAUCUCAUGACCAAGAUUGCCAAGCGCGUUGGACAAGCCAACCUGCACCGUCCCAGCACCCCUUUACCAGAAAUACCUCUACAGAUAAUUUUUUUUUUUAAUUUUGGUCUUUCUGAGCAGAUACAAAGAAGAAAAGAGAACAAAAUGGGGAAAAAAAAAAUCAGAUGACUGGAUUUUUGUUUCCUAGUCGGGGCGGGGAGGGAAGUCCUUUCGGGGCAUCUCUGUAUAGCUACUCAAACCGUGAAAACCCACUUUGAAGCACAGAGUCAAGUUCGUUGGACGUCAUUGGGGCCUCUUGCCAAGUGAGGCGCCGAAGAACUUAAUAAGCUCAAGAAAAAAAAUUUGUAAAAAAAAAAAAAAAGCAUUCCCUUUUGUUUCUACCAAAAUGUGUUGACUGACCCAGAAAAAAACAAAAACAAAAAAAAACAAAAAAGAACACAUUGCAAAAAAAAAAAAAAAAAAGAAAAGAAAAAAAAGUCUUAAUGACCAACUUGUUUCGAUAUUCCAGAGUUUGAUAAUUGUUCCGAGACACUCUAGCGUGCCUGUGUCCCGUGCGUCUGCGUGCGCGUGCCCAGGGGCCACGAGGGGGCCUCGUGCGUGUCCCCGGCACCCGCCAAGCCCUCCGCCGGGCCUGCUUGGGAGUGCGUGUGGGUGUGCAGUGGCGUGUGUCCCUCUGGCCCAUGUUUACUGGCUGUAAAUACCAUUUUUAUACUCCACAUCGAAGACCUGCGUGAUUUGUACGAUGUACUUUAUUUCUGCUACGAGUAAUUUCAUGAAGUUUCAACUUGCAAACCGACUUUUGGAGACAAACCGCCACACACACACACACACACACACACACAUACAUACACAUACACACA